GUCGCGCCCGUCGCGCCGGGCGGGGGCCCGGUCCAGAUCGAGAGCGAGCGAGUGACCACAUGGGAUUGGGCGCGGCGCGGCGCGCAGAUUUUCCCGGAUGGGGCGUGUGCGGCUGCCACGGCCGCAUCGUGUGCACGCCAAAUUCUCUCCCCUCCCCUCUUCCCCCCUUCUCUACCUCCUCCUACUGCUACUACCUUAUCCCCGCACUGGGCCUCUCCGCGCCUCACCUAGCUAACCACGAUACAUACGUAGCCGUGGUACUUCUCCGCUUCACAAAUCACAACAUCCUGACAUACACCUCACACACACUCCCCUUCUUGUUGGUUUCUCCCCCAAUUCGAGCCGAGGUUGAGCUGAGCUGAGCUCUCGCAGAGACAGGGCGAUGAACAUCUUGAACCAGCCGAUCAACCCUGGCGGCCACCCGGCGUUCCCGGCGGCAAGGGAGACCGGCCAGCUGAUGCCGGCGUCAGUCCGCUUCGACGGCCUGUCGACGCAGCAGAGCACGGCCGCCGCCGUGGGGCGGGCGCACGCCGGGCAGUCCCCGCGGUGGCAGGCGCAGACGCUGCGCCGGCCAAGCAGCUACGUCGGCGUCGAGCACGACGAGCCGGCGGACGCCGCCGCCGCCGCCGCGCUGGCGCCGUUCCAGCCGCUGACGCUCGACUUCCUGCGGUCGCUCCUGGACAGGAACGCUGCCGUGGCGGCCGACCAGGGCGGCGGCGCGGACGUCGCGCCGCCGCCGCCGCCGCUGCACGCGCUGCGGGUGGUGGUGUCGUCCGCCGUGGAGCUCGACGCGCGCCAGACCGAGCUCAUCGCCCGCAAGAUGCGCCGGAUCACCGGGUUCGCGAGCCUCACCAUCGAGAACGUCGUCGACCCGUCGCUGAUCGCCGGCUUCGUCGUCUGCUACGGCCCCGGCGAGUCCCACGUCAUCGACCUCAGCGUCAAGGGCAAGCUCGCCAUGCUCAAGAACCGCGUCGACUCCUUCGACCAGACCAUCGCCCACCCGCACCAAUAGUUCCACACACACACACAGCACAUUAGCGCCGUCCGCCGCCGGCGGCUCGCCGGACUAUAUCCAAGUAUAGCUCCGCCGUAAACCCAGUAACCAUAUCCCAUGCUGAACUCUACAGAAGAACAACACCGACGACGCGCCGUCGCCAACAACAGUUUUUCCUAUCUAUUGUUGUUGCCAAUCGUGAGACGCUAGCUACUCGAUAUGGUUCAGCUGAGCCAUAUAUUGUACUGGUAAUAUUCCCUUGUUCUUGCAGUAUAUUUUUGGCGGAAAUUAAACAGCGGGUUCUCUAUGCUGUUGCAAGGUUGCGGUUUGUAUGCGGAAUUCGGGAGUCACAGCUCUGUAAAAUGUUAGAGCAGAGACUGAUGUGAGGAAGCACAGGAGUUGUAUAACAGACAUGACUAUUUUCAAAUGAGAACAUGUAUCAGCAUCUAGCCA